AUGGAGGCCCAUGAUUCUGCUACCACAGGUCAGAAAUGCUCAAAAAAGGAAAUAGUGAAGGAGAAAGCAACUCUGCAAAGAAAAUGGGCGUCUGAGCCUACUGCAAACACCAAACAAAGCACUUUUGCUGACCAAGAGCUUAAACAUCGUGAGAGUUUGCCUGGUGGUGCAACGGGAGGAUCAGCGCCCCAGCAGAAGUACGCAAUCACAGGGAAUUCUGCUAAGCUGCUGCGUGGACCCUCUGCAGUUGGAGCCAUAGGUGGUCCACCAUCCCAUGACUCUCAAGGACCCUUUGCACAGGCUUUUCCAAGGGGCUACUCCUUCCAGCUGGGUCAGCCCUACCCUCAACAUCCUCAAACUGAGCGCUUUGUCUCAGGAGCCAAACCACAGCCUGGCCUAGAGGCUCAUGCCUGGCCAUUUGCUGGCCAAUUACCUUCAGAUGACCUGUACCCUGUAGGACAUCCAGGCCAUACUCAUCCGCAUGGGGCAGGGAGGUUUCCCCGACAAAAAUCUCCUAGUUUACCAAGCUCGUUUGGACAGUAUUCCCAACCAGGGUCUGAGCAUGCAGAGGAGGGCUAUGGAAAAAAAGAGCAAAAGCCAAAAAAGCCUGGCAAAUAUAUCUGUCCCUACUGUCAUAGAGCAUGCGCCAAGCCCAGUGUCUUGAAGAAACACAUCCGCUCGCAUACUGGAGAAAGGCCAUAUCCUUGCAUACCCUGUGGCUUCUCUUUCAAAACCAAAAGCAACCUUUACAAGCAUCGCAAAUCUCACGCUCAUGCCAUUAAAGCUGGGCUUGUACCUUUUUCAUCAGAGCUGUCUGUGGCCCGAUGUGGGGAUGUGGACCAUGCAUCCUCAGUUGGAGAAGCAGAGGUGCCCUCAGAUGGAGAACAAAGUACAGACACGGAUGAAGAAGGUGUUGAUGCCUCCACCAUGUUGAUGGAUAAGAACAGCCCUAUCCCGCAGAUUUCAUUUGAAGCUGACAAGAAUGCAGGUGGUGCUGAGCCAGCAUAUGCAGAUUCAGCUGAAGAACUCUCCAUUGGAUCUAUGAAAGUGCCUAUCCUCAUUUUUCCCAAGACUGGGGGCAUUCCUCCCACUGGGAUGGAGUGCCCUCCAUUUCAUGACAUAAAAGGGUCACAUCACAUGUUGGGGUCAAAGGCAGGCGGAAGAGCACGCUCACUGGAUGACUCCCCCACUGUUAAACAACGUUUGGCCCUAAAACUGAAUGACAAAGGGCUGGAAUCUGAUCCAGGCAUGUCCCAGUCCCUUAACCUCCUCAGUCCUCAUAGCAAAGGCAGCACGGACUCUGGCUACUUUUCUCCCUUCGACAGUGCCGAGCUCCAGAUAAGCACUCCAAAUACUAAUGUCAAGACGUAUGAAGAGAUUAUGUUUGGUCGGACUUGGUACAACCGACCCAAUUCCAGGACAAGACAGCCUAUCACAGUGGGCAUGGCAGGGGCAGACCCUAGCAGUCUUGUAAGCUUAAAACAGUCAGGGGCUAUCCCAGAUAUGGGGAAAACAGUUGAAGAUCAUGUCUCUCUUAGAGGAAAUCAAGCAAUCUGUGGAGAUGCCAAGCAGUAUCCAACUGGUCCCUGUCAAAGCAAUACAGGACUUCUGGAGCCUCCAUCAGAUUCUGCAACUCUUAUUAGGAGCAACUCCAUGCCAAGUCCAUCUCCUCCUAACCUUAGUGCUCCUCAAGGGAUUCGAGGAAGUGUCUCCUUCGAUAAUAUGGCAGCACCAGAUGAUGUGUUUUACCCACCCGGUCAUCCCAGACUCAAAAGACAGACUGCAUUUGAACAACCAGGUAAUGAAGCCCACAUAGGAGAGACUGAGGGUUAUGGACACAUGGUCAAGAACUUUACCUCGUCUCUGGGUAUGAAGAUCAGUGAGCGCAGCCCAGGAGUCCCAGAGCAAAUUGCUUAUAGCCCAUACGGUACUAAAGUCAGCAUGUCAGAAAUAGCCACAAGAAAAAGGCGAAAAGAAAAGAGUGUAGGAGAUGAUGAAGACAGCCCUGGACAUUGUGACAGUAGCUGUAGUGGUUCGGUUGAGAUGAUGGGGGACUAUGAGUUUAAACAGGGAAGUUUUGAUGGAUCAAGAGGAACCCCUACAGGUAAAGGCUCUUUUCAUAGUGCUCACAGCCAGUCUGACAGUUUUGAUACCUGUGCCAGUAUGUGCUCUGAGGACAUGGCAUUGUUUACUGAUUCAGAGGGCAGGAAAGCAGCCAAGAAUGCCAUAUCAGUUAUCCUGCAUACAGACUCUCUCAGGCGUCCAAAUUCUUUUGAGAAAUCAGAAUCUUUUGAGCAGCCAGGAAACCAGCCCUCAAAUAAAGCUCCAACUAGUCAGUACUCAGAACAGUCUGAUACAGAUAUCUUUGAAGAUGCUCUGAGUCCUGAAUCUGCACUUCUUAAGACUGAAAGCAUGGAGCAGCAGGUACAAAGUGACAGGGAUCUGGCAUCCCUUUCAUCUUCUUCAGCUGCUCCUUCACCUGGCCAACCAUACCCCAGUGCACACAGACUGGUCCGGCAAUCCAACAUACAAGUACCUGAGAUUAGAGUGACAGAGGAGCCAGACAAGCCAGAGAAGGAUACAGAAGCUCCAGUGACCAAAGAAGCAGAGAGGCAGCAGCAGCAUGUUGAGGAGUUCCAACUUCCUCAGCGAAGUGACACUUUGUCUCAGAUGCCAACAGAAAAGCUUCCACCUAAGAAGAAGCGGCUGCGCCUUGCAGAUAUGGAGCACUCAUCUGGGGAAUCAAGCUUUGAGUCUACCUGCACCAGCCUUUCCCGUAGUCCCAGUCAAGAGAGUAAUCUAUCCCACUCGUCCUCCCUUUCCAUGUCCUUUGACCGAGAGGAGGGUCCCAAGUCUGUCUCACCAACCAAACAGGAGGACUCAUUGACUUCUGGCUUUGGAGCGAAGCAGUCAGAGUUCCUGACUGUUCCCGGCAGUGGCUAUUCCAGCCACCACCAGCAGAGGGAGAUGAGGAGGUCUUCGUCAGAGCAGGCACCUUGCACGCUGCCCACAGAGCUACCUGAAAUGCGCAGCAAAUCUUUUGAUUACGGAAGCUUGCCCUCUUCCAGACAGGGGGAGCUCUACAGCAGUGCAUCUGCAAUGAAGGAACGUCGGCGUGGAUAUCUUGUUCGACAGGCUUCGCUGAGUGUUUAUCCAGAGGCAGUCCUUCAGGAACCAGGCGGAGCAGAAAUGUCAAUCAAACAGGAGAGUUUUGAUCAUGGGACGUGGCCUAGCUCAUCUGGAUCUCCACACAGUAGCAUCGACCAGCCCAACAGAACCAAGAGAGCUGGAGCUAUAGGAUCUCACCACCAGCACAGCCUCCAGCAGAGCAUCAGUGAGGACAGUCUGCAAGAUGAACCGUUCUAUGGAAGGUCCCAUCAGCAUCAACUCCAAGCUCAGAGCUCCUCAUCUGAGGGAGAACAUCCAGGCCAUGAUGGCACAAACAAGGAUUUAAUCCAGCAGUACCAGAGUGGCGCCCCAUUCUUUUCCAACUCACAGCCGAGUCUCUUCUGGAACCAUGAGUCCGAACAAGCAACUCGACAGCAGCAGACUCUCCAGGCUCAACAGCAACUCGUAAAGCUGCACAUCCGAUCACAAGGCAGCCUGCACAAACAGUCACUGCAGCAGCUCCACCACGACCCACUGCCGUACGAUGGAAAAUCCGAAAGCUCACAGAUUUACACACCGUCUUUCUCAUCUCGCACUUCGCCUUUGUCGCAACAACAGCAAAAUGUAGGUGUGCUGUCCUCUAAGCCCUCCAGCUCAACAACCCCCUCUUUGUUUCUGCAACAGAUUCAGCCGGUCUUUGCUACCCACAGUCUGGGCUCCCAGGCCUCUCUGCCUAGUUUACUGGUUCCUGUGAGGAUGCAAACCAACAUGCCAUCAUUUGGUAGUGCUAUGUAUACAAGUGUGAGCCAGCUGAUAGGUUCCUAUGGUGCAGGAGUACAAGCCUUAAGCCCUGACAGUACUGGUGCCAGCAGCAUGUCUCCUCCACUUGGUGCUGCGAGCACUGGCAAGCCGUCUGGAAGAGUAGUGGGAGGCAUAAGUGGAGCAGGUUUCAACUUGUCCCUCCUCCUUGGUCAAGUUGAUGCUACAGCACUGCGCUACCCUCUGCCACCUGAGCAACACCUGAACACGGGUAUCCCACUGUCACUUACAUCAGGUACUAUAUCCAUCACUGACGCCUCAGCAUCUGGUAUUGUAGCCAGCAAACGUAUGCUCUCCCCUGCCAGCUCACUCGAGCGCUUCAUAGAGACUAAACAGCAGAAAAGAGUGAAGGAAGAGAGGAUGUAUGGGCAGAUCGUCAAGGAGAUGAGUGCCGUUGAGCUGAGCGGCGCUGAACGCUGUUCCACAUCUGAGAAGCAGCAAGGGAGAGGUAAGAGUAGGAAGAGUGAAGAUUCAGUUGAUGAGUCUGAAAGGAUGUCGUCCUCUCCUCCACUAAAUGGUAUCCCCACCAAAAUUGCCAUUCCUGUCCGUUCCCCAGCCCCUCACCUUUCUGAUGUACCCCGGGCUGAAAGCUUCACCCCACCUCUCCAAAUCAUCACAGAUCAUUCACUAGUUCCAGAUGGACGAGAGUCCCCAGAGGAGCUCGAUGUGGACAAAUCGCCCCAAGAGUCCAGCUCCAGCCCGGAGCCCAUGCUCUCCUGCAAUGACGCAGACGACACCGACACGCAGCCCACAUUAGUUAAACCCGCUACCAUUCAAAGUGCAGGAAAACCAGGAGCUCGGACUCUGCUUCCUUCAAACGCGGCUGAUGCUCCGCAAUUUUUCCAGUUCCCGAGCCUGCGCACCACGAGCCACGUCAGCUGGUGCUUCCGAAACUAUACCAAACCCAAUAGCACUCCGUCUGCAACUCGUAGUUCCGUCUACAGCUCAUGGUGCGUGAGCUCGUACAAUCCCAAUCCUCUGAGCCUCACUACAAAAGCUGCACUGGCUCUAUUCAGGUCCAAACAGAGGAGAAACACUGAUCUGAUAUACACGCUGGCAGCCAUAUCGUCACCCAGCUCUGGGAAGCUGGUUUCAUCCGUGGCCUGGAAGCUGCGGUUUGAUCAGUUAAAGCCUGAGCUGAUGCCAGUCGAUAUAAGUCAUUUUGGGAGGAAGAUGAAGGGAGUGGCAUCAUGGGACCGCUCAAAGGAUGAGCAGGUAGAGAAGGAGGUGUCGGUCAAGCAGCCGUCCGCCGAACCGACUCGCAUCAAGAUCUUCGAAGGCGGGUACAAGUCCAACGAGGACUACGUUUACGUGCGCGGUCGCGGCCGAGGUAAAUACAUCUGCGAGGAGUGCGGGAUCCGCUGCAAGAAGCCCAGCAUGCUCAAGAAGCACAUCCGAACGCACACCGACGUGCGGCCGUACGUCUGCAAGUUCUGCAACUUUGCAUUCAAAACGAAAGGAAACCUGACGAAGCACAUGAAGUCCAAGGCUCAUAUGAAAAAGUGUCUGGAGCUGGGAGUCUCCGUGUCCUCGGUUGAGGAAACAGAAGCAGACGAAGGAGAAGACGACGGCCACAGAUUGUCUGAGAAGAUGUCCAGAGUCCCCUCGGCAGAGCACCAGUUCUCUGACGCCGACGAGUCGGAGGGCGGUGAGGAUGACGAGAUCGAUGAUGAAGACGACGAGGACGACGACUACGAUGGUGACUCCACCCCUAAGACUCGUUCGCGCUCCACCAGCCCGCAGCCGUACAGCCUGCCCUCCCUGUCCAUCACAGCCGUGGCCGCCUCCCACUCUGGUCCUCACCUGUCUCACCAAAUGGCGUCUGACCUCCUGGGACACGCCAACAAACCACCCCUGUUUGGUUACUUCACCACCGUGCCCAGCAUCCAGAUCACCCCACAGGCUCCACCCACCGACCCCUUGGGGAGGGAGCACGGUCUUGUUGACUAUCAGCUGGGUCCGGAGCGAAGCAUGCUGCAGGUCCCAUCCUCCUCUUCCAUGGAUGAAGAACUCCCCAUCCCCUCCCCGGAUCUGUCCUCCCCCUCCUCCCGCCUUUCCUCACCAGGGUUGGACCACUCCGGCUGCUCGUCCCCCAUCUCCCCGUCAUCGUCCCCCUCAGCUCGCCGUUACCUGUCACCCCGUGCAGGACACCUGUCACCCCAGCGGGACGUCUCACCUCUGCGUCACAUCUCCCCCAAGAGGGACCUGGGAUACCGUAGAGACCUCUCCCCAAGGCGGAGACACCUCUCUGUGCUGUCCCCCCUGUCCCAGCCCAUGUCUCCAGGAGGCCGAGACUAUAAGCGUGACCUUUCACCUCGAGGACGGCCCAGGGGGAUAAUCCGGGCCGUGUCUCCUCGCCGAGGGCUCCAGCAGCACCUCCACCAGCAGAGCCAGCAGAGCGGAGCUCGAGGUUCGAGAUCGGGUCAUCAGACGGGGGUGUUGGACUUCACUCUGGGUCGAUGCAGCGCCGGUGCAGAGAUGAAAACGGAUCACCAUCCGGGUUCUUUGUUGCCCGGGGAACGAGACCAGGGUUCGGGUUGGGGGAACCAGUCCGGUCUGCCCCACCAGGUUUUGUUCAGUCAUCUUCCCCUCCAUUCUCAACUCCAGGUGCGUUCUCCGUUCCCGAUGAUCCCCAUCGGGGGGAUCCAGAUGGUGCACUCUGUCCCGCCCGCCGUCACCACCCCGCUGGCCCAGCAGGGGGCGGAGCCAGCCGCCUCCCGCCUCCUCCUGCAGAAGAGUGCGUCAGAGGACUCCGUCGGCGGUGAAGCGGCCUACUUCUCGGAGCGGGGGAGACGAGAAGGAGAGGUGGGUGAGAGGGGGAGGGAGUCGACUUGUCCUCACCCCUCCUCGCGGGAGAGGGAAGGGGGAGGAGUUAGGCAGGAGCAGGAGGAGACCAUCCGCACCUGCACCAAGGCCAUCGCCUCACUCUGCAUUGACUCCCAGGAGUCUGUCACGAGAGGAGGAGGCAGCAGGGGGGAUGAUGGGAGAACCAGAGGCCGAGCUCCUCCCUCCUCCCCCUCCAUGUUGUCCUCCGACUCCCAUCAGCAGCAGCAGAACUCCACAUCGCCCCCACCUCACCCCUCCCCGUCUCCUCCUCAACCUCCUGGGAUUCAGCACUUUAGUGGCCUGAAGCUGAGGCCUCCCCACCCGACCAUCCCCACCUCUCCUCACUCCUCCUCCUCCUCCUCCUCCUCUCCUCACCCCUACAGCCAAGGACUGGACUCAUUUCACCCUCCGACGGCCUCCAUCAAGCUGGAGAACGAUCCGGAGGUGGAAAGCACAAAAAGAAACAAGGACGUGUCGUAGGACGAAGCGAUUUGUUUGUUUUUUAUCGCAGGACGGGGAAAAGUGCA